UUAGCUUCUUUACCCCAUAAAUUUGCAGUUAAAACCAAUACACCCGAAAAAAACUUUGAAAAGAACAAUUUUCCUGCUACUUAGCAUAGGUUUUAGCUGGAUUUUAAGCAGUUUAUCUUUCCUCUAGCACUGUUAGUUCAACAGGCAGUUUGUUUUGGCCAGUCCAAUUUUAAGGUUGAGGACAUGACUUGCCUGUAUUAUUAAUAGUUUCAAGUUGCAUUACCUGUAGAGGAAGAGUUCUCAGUGUUGCAUCCUAUGUUGAUUAGGCCUACAUUAAUCAGGUUGAGACAAAAAAAGAAUUAAAGCAACAUAUUAAAUUGAUUUAAGAAGUUAUUUAAUACAAAAGAAGAAUAAAGAAGACAAGAUAAAAAGGAAAAUCCCUCAAGUAUAUUGUAAAAUACCUAAUAUGCAUUGCAAGAUUUGACUAUGAGGUGAUUCAAUGUCCAGUGAGAGAGGUAGCAUCAUGUAACUACUAGCCUCUUAAAAAGGCAUACUUUUUAGUUACGUAAGAAUCUAUGACCUUUUCUAAAUAGUUACUAGCUUAUGUGAUAAGAUUUAUAGAAAUAAAAAGUGCAAGAAUAGAAAUGUUAACUUGCUUCAAAACUUUUCCUCUUAAGUGUCCAAUAUGUGUGGAAAGUUGUUCAAGUCAAUCCGCAAUGAAGGCUCAUAUAUUAUAUCACACCGGAGAGCGUCCCUUUAAAUGUUUGGCAUGUGGAAAAACCUUUUUCCAAAAACAACAUGUAAAAACACAUUUGAUGAUACAUUUUGGGAAAGAUCAUUAUAAGUGCCCAACAUGUGGAAAAUCCUUUAUAUCCAAAUACUAUAUGAAGACACACACACUAGUUCAUACAGGAGAGAGACCUUACAAGUGCUCUACAUGUGGAAAAACCUAUAUAUCUAACACCGCGAUGAAGACACAUUCAUUGGUUCAUACGGGAGAGAGACCUUAUAAGUGCUCUAAAUGUGAAAAAUCCUUUACAUCCAAAGGUGAUAUGAAGAAACAUUCAUUGGUUCAUACAGAAGAGAGACCUUACAAGUGCUCUGCAUGUGGAAAAUCCUAUAAAUCCAAAAGCGCUAUGAAGGUGCAUUCAUUGUGUCAUACAGAAGAGUGCCCUUACAAGUGCUCUAUAUGUGGAAAAUUCUUUACAAAAAAAAGCCAUAUAAAGAGACAUUCAUUGGUUCAUACAGGAGAGAGACCUUAUAAUUGUUUUACAUGUGGAUCAUCCUUUACAUCCAAAGGCGACAUGAAGAGACACUUAUUGGUUCAUACAGAAGAGAGACCUUACAAGUGCUCUACUUGUGGAAAAUCCUAUAAAUCCAAAGGCGACAUGAAGAUGCAUUCAUUGUGUCAUACAGAAGAGAGCCCUUACAAGUGCUCUAUAUGUGGAAAAAUCUUUUCAAAAAAAAGCAAUAUGAAGAGACAUUCAUUGGUUCAUACAGGAGAGAGACCUUACAAGUGUUCUACAUGUGGAAAAUUCUUUACAACCAAAAGCAAUAUGAAGAAACAUUUAUUAGUUCAUAUGGGAGAGAGACCUUAUAAUUGUGUUACGUAAUAUGUGGAGGGCCCGUUAAUGACUGUAAAUAAGUGUCUUUUUUCAUAGAU